AUGGGUAGUGAUUCCAAGAAGAAGGUGGCCGUGGCCGGCCUGGCCUCGGUCCUCCUGGUCGCCAUGUGUGUGGCCGUUGCCGUCGGCGUCAACAAGAAGGGCGACGGUGAGGCCUCCUCUGGCGCUGGCGGCUCCUCUAACACUGGCGGUGACAUCUCGGCCUCGACCAAGGCGGUCCACGCUAUAUGCUCCCCAACCGACUACAAGGAGACCUGCGAGGAGAGCCUGUCCAACGCCAACACCACCGACCCCAAGCAGCUUAUCAAGGCCGCUUUCGAGUCCACCGUAAAGAACAUUGAAGACGCUAUCAAGAACUCCGACCUCUUCAAGAAAGCCGCCGAGAACGAGCGCACUAAGGGAGCCCUAGAAGUCUGCGACGAGACCCUCGACACCUCCAUCGAGGACCUCCGGCGCUCGUUCGACAAGGUUGCCGACUUCGACAUCAGCAAGGUCGGGGAUUAUAUUGACGACGUCAAGACCUGGCUCAGUGCCUCCAUCACCUACCACGAGACCUGCCUCGACGCCUUCGAGAACACCACCGGCGAGACCGGAGAGAAGAUGAAGAAUCUAUUAAAGACAUCGGGUGAGCUGCUGAGCAACGGGCUGGCCAUGGUGACCGACUUCUCGUCGAUCCUUUCAUCCCUCAACCUCGGUAGCUUCACGAGCCGUCGUCUCCUCCUGGCAGAGGACGGGGGCAUGCCCACGUACGUGGACGCAAGGGCACGCAGGCUGAUGGCGGCAUCGCCGGCAAGCCUGAAGCCCAACGCGGUGGUGGCACAAGACGGAAGCGGGCAGUACAAAACGAUCGCGGCAGCCCUCAACACCCUUCCCAAGAAGAGUAACGCGACCUUUGUUAUCUACGUCAAGGCCGGCGUCUACAAGGAGACCGUCAUCAUCCCCCGAAAAGUCAACAAUGUCGUCCUCAUCGGCGACGGCCCCACCAAGACCCGCAUCUCGGGCAGCAAGAACUACGCAGACGGCACCCAGACCUUCCAUACCGCUGUUCUCGCUGUGAACGGCGAGGGUUUCUUCGCCAAGGACAUCGGGAUCGAGAACACGGCAGGGCCCGAAAAGCACCAGGCGGUGGCGGUUCGCGUGUCGGGAGACAAGGCCGUUUUCUACAACGUGCACAUGGACGGGUACCAAGACACGCUCUACAGCCACGCGUACCGACAGUACUACCGCGACUGCACCAUCACGGGCACGAUCGACUUCAUCUUCGGGGAUGCGCCAGCACUGUCGGCAUAUCUCGGCCGCCCGUGGAAGGAGUACUCGCGCACCAUCAUCAUGCAGUCCAACAUCGACGGGUUCAUCGCCCCUGAAGGGUGGUCCCCGUGGAUGGGGACCUUUGCGCUCGACACGCUGUACUAUGGGGAGUACCAGAACCGUGGGGCUGGGUCGGACCUCAGCAAGAGGGUCAAGUGGAAGGGAAUCAAGAAGAUCACCCCAAAGAUCGCAGAGAGCUUUACCCCGCAGGUGGUCUUCGCCGGGGACGAGUGGGUCAGGAGCGCCGCCGUGCCCUACGUGCCGGGCUUCGUGCAGAUCUGA